GCCCGGGGAGAGGCGAGUUGAACAUAGGCUUACGCUUCCGUGACGUAGAUCGCUUGUAUUGAAUUGAAAAAAAUAUUUCUAAACCUUCGGAAUCGCUUGCUGCUGACCACCAGCCAGCCAGCAAAUUAAUGAAAAAUAGCGAACAAUGAACGUCUUGGUCACGUGCUUGUUUUUCGCCGGUCUGUCCUACCUGUAUAGCACCGACCUAAUAUCUGUGCUCCGUGUUUAUGUUGCAGAGUGGGUCCUCCGCGCCUCCAUGCCCGAACCAGGAGCUCCGCGGCGGACUCCGCAAGGUGUCCCCUACGCCGACUUGCAGCACAUCGUCAACGCCGACGGACAGCACUUGUUCUGCCGCUACUGGGAGCCAGAGGGCCCCCCAAGGGCUCUGGUGUUCGUGGCCCAUGGGGCAGGGGAGCAUUGUGGGCCUUAUGAUGAGAUCGGCCAGACCCUGAAGGAACAGUCUCUGCUUGUCUUUGCACACGACCAUGUUGGCCAUGGCCAGAGUGAAGGAGACAGGAUGAAUAUUAAGGACUUCCAGGUGUUUGUCAGAGACUCCCUCCAGCACAUUGACCUGAUGAAGGGACGACACCCUGACCUGCCAAUCUUCAUCAUUGGACAUUCUAUGGGUGGAGCCAUUUCCAUUCUGACGGCGUGUGAACGACCUAAUGCCUUUGCCGGUGUGGCUCUGAUUGCUCCUAUGGUCAAGAUGAACCCAGAAUCUGCCACACCCUUCAAGGUGUUCCUGGCUAAAGUCCUAAAUCACAUGGUGCCUAGUCUCUCUCUGGGCUCUAUUGAGUCUAAAUGGGUUUCACGGGACCAAAAACAGGUUGAGGCGUAUGACAAUGACGAGUUGAACUAUCACGGUGGGCUGCGUGUGUCAUUUGGCAUGCAGCUGAUGGGCGCGGUGGCGCGGAUCGAGAGAGAGGUCCCUGCCAUCACCUGGCCCUUCCUGCUUCUCCAUGGUGACGACGACAAGCUGUGUGACAUUAGAGGGUCCCAGAUGAUGUUUGACAUGGCCCAGAGCACGGACAAGAAGAUUAAGGUGUACGACGGAGCAUACCACGCCCUGCACCAUGAACUCCCAGAGACGGCGGCAGCGGUGCUGAAGGAAGUCACUGGCUGGAUCUCUGAGCGUCUCGCUGGGUCUCCUUCUCAGGGCUCCUAGUCCCCUCCUCCUCUUCACCCCCCAACCCACUGUAUGACCUAAAUACAUUUGUACUGACAGCAUAUACUCUACUGCUAGCCGACCAGUAGCGAUCAUUUUCAGUACAAAUGUAGUUAACUGCACCUUACCCCAACCCCAGCCCUGUGCACGUCAGUCAGACUUAAAACCUCUUGGUCCUCUGGGGAGAAGUGGGGGGUGACAGGUCAGGAGGCCCACAGGAGGUUUCCUUAAGGUCAACUUGUCAGUGACCUUUGACCCCCAUGGCCAAUGUAGGUCCUGAUUUUCUAGGCUCUUCAUUAGGGACAACAGUUGUGCCCCAGCUGCCAGGCAGCAUUUCAUAGUACAUAUAUCAGCCAUGUCUCCCUGUACUGAGUUCAAAGAGAACAAUGCUGAGAGCUAGGCCAGGCGCAAUUCACAGAGGGAUUGUUUUCCUCCUUUGUAAUCACAGUGUUCAAUAGGCCAAUAGAAACAUAUUGAAUUUGCCCAGGCUGAGGUGUUCCCUUUUGUGUGUUGCCAUGGAGACAACUGGCCUUUGUUAUCCCCACCGUAUCUCAGAUCCUUUGUUCAUAGAGUCGAACAUGUUGGACUUGUUUGAACACCCAGCUCCCCAGAUUGCUGCCACUAGUGGUCAUCUAUCAGAACUGCAGGGUAUAGGUGGCUGCAACCCAAGAUGGAGAAGUUGCCCGUUACUAUGGCAACACCUCAGGAAAAACCCUAUGGAAAAAAAGGCUGAAUCCAUUAGAGCACCACAGUAAGGUGAGGCAUGCUGUGAAUCAUUAUACAGUACAUGCUGUGUACAGACAAAGGCGUCACUUCGCUGCAGUUCUUAUAUUGAAAAAGAUGACGGCCUCAAUUCAUCACCUACAACCUCACCAUUUAUCUGUGUUUCUCCAUAGUUUGCAUUGCUAACGACUAAUACAGAUUUUAAUGUAUAUUGUCAAAUAUCCAUGUUACCGAUAUUCCUCUUUUAAAUGGUGGAAGUUGUUUUGUAAGGGGAAGACUGGUAAAUCUAAUUGUCUGAUGCGUUGAGCAUUUAAUAAAGUGAAAUUCAAUUGACUAGACAUUUGUCAAUAGACCAUUGUUAGUAACUCAACCAAGGGGCCAGGGUUUCUGUCUAGAAGCACGGUUUUGACUGCUCCGGCAGUCUUGCUUUGGUACUGCAGUUUAACUGAUAGCCGGCCCAGAAAUACAAUUUCCUUAGUUGGCCAUAUAGAAUACCACAGUAUGAGUCAUAAUAGCCAUAAAACCUAGCGGUCAAGCAAGGAACUGGUUCCAAUCGUUUUUCCACCAUAAAUGUUCCCCCCUGGCAUGCCGUUUUAAUAACCGUGUAAAUCUCUCUCGGACAAGGUGACUUUUAUCUAUAUAUAUUCUCCUGUAUUUACCCCCCAAAAAUCAAAUGCUAAUUAGCUGCCAAUGUGGCUAUCAUUAACUACUACAAAUGCCAUGAUGAUCUGGACGAGACAGCUGAAUCGAGACAAAGGUAAGAAUCUGGAUGAACUAUCUAAGGUGUCAGGAGCUUGCAGGGAUUUGUAGUUUUGCAUGAUGUCUACUUUGAUGCCAAAUAGCAUUUUUGAAUCAGAGUAAUAGAGCCGAAUAUAUUGAUAAAAGUCACCUUGCCCGAGUGAGAUUUACCCGGUUAUUAAAACGCCACACAAGGGUAAGCCUACACAAAACACAGCCCUUAUUUAAAGUGUUUCUAAAAUCACCUAUGGGAAAUAUGAAUGAUGGAGAAAUUAUUGGAACCAUUUUCCUGUUUGACCACUAGGUUUUAUGGGUAUUAUGACACCUCUACUGUGGGGCUCUAUAGAGAAGUCAGAUUAGAAAAUUCCUAAUAAAAGACACUUUAGUCAUCUUUAUGCACAAAACAUCCAUUUAAUGAUUAAAAUUGUUGCUGAGGCCGUUUUUUUUUCUUCAUCACUCACAGCCGAAGAAAUUCAGAUGUUAUAUUCAUCCAAUGUCUGCUAUGUGCAUGUGAAGUUGUGCUGUGUAAACCGGAUGUAGCCGUUCCAUGAAUCGGCAAAUGUGAGUAGAUUACAUUGAACACAACAGUCGGACAUCUUGGACAAAGUAAAUCAGCAUUGUGUGUGUGAACUGAAUGACCAGUUUUUAAAUAACACACAUUUAAGAACAAUAUGGUGGCAUAUAUUUGAAAAGGGCAGAAUUUGUCCAAUUGUAAAUGUGUUACUCCUGAAACCAGACAUGUUCUUAUCAAUAAAUAUUGAUAAACUGUCAGAUUGCUCAUAACAAAUGUAAUAAUAUGUGAAGGACAUAAGUAUUAUUCUGUUUGCAUCUAUAUAACUACUUUUAUUGAUCUUGUCUACUCUAUUGAUAUGCAUUCUUAAUUUUUAAAGUAAUGUGAUGUGGAACAUAAGGGUUUUCUACUAUAGUCAACUUACUUUUUAUUGAGCGUUCAGAACUAAUACCUGAUAACUGAAAUUGAGAAGUAAGAAUCUGAAUGGCCCUUUUUAUGAAGUGUAAUUUAUUUUACUAUGUGAUUUGUGUUCCUUUGUGCUUUAUUCCCAUAACCUGUGUGAAAACAACUUGGGCUCCUUGGUCACUUAAAGACUGACUGAAAAUUGCUGAAGGGCUUCCAAACUACAUUCUCAUGUGACCCACUAGAACAGUGUUUCCCAACACCGGUCCUUUAGUACCCCCAACAGUAGGGAAGAGUGGGGUAAGUUGAGCCAUUUUUUUCUCAGUCAAGGGAAAUAUACUGUAGCAUUCAUUCAAACAAAGAUAUCUACAUAUUUUUCAGGAUGUUAUGUGUCCCUGGAAAUAAUCAGAAUUCAUGUAAACAUUAGUUUUGAAAACCUAGCUUACCUCCGGUAUGGGUUAAGUUGACCCGCAGGACAGAGUAAGUUAAGCCACCUACACAUUUCUGUACUGAAUUAAUUAUUACCCCUACCUUUUUAAAAACAUGUCUUUAUUUCCCAAACACAAUCACAUUUGUCUAUUAAUCAUAUUUUAACACAGUCUUAACACAUGACAAACACUUUGCACUUUUCAAAAACACUGAGGACACGCCUGGGAAGAAAACGCUUCAAUUUGCUCAACUUGCCAUUGGCUCAACUUAACCCAUAGCCAUUGGCUAAACAUACCAAGGCAAACAUUUUGACUAUAUUAGCCUACACAGCUACAAGGAUGCACUUUCAUGCAAAGGUUGACCCCAACUGACGUAUAGAACAAUCAAUAAAUUAAUUUGACUUGGUGAAAAUCUGUUUUUUGGACCGAACUUGCUUACUACUGUUUCCAUGUGGUUUCUUUCUUCCCAGACUACAUGCAAUUAGGAUCUCUUUCUAAAUAUUUAGUCCAUUCUGUGUAUGGUUUCCUAGAAACAAGGGCGGCUCAAUUUACCCAACUCUCCCCAUAUCAUUUUGUUGUGGGCCUGGACAAGCACACCUGAUUCUACUUGUCAACUAAUCAUCAAGCCCUCAUUGAGCUGAAUGAGGUGUGUUUGUUCAGGGCUACAACUAAAAUGUGUGCUGUUGGGGUACUGGAGGAGCAGAGCUGGGAAACACUGCACUAGAAUCAGCCAUGCCAAACAGCAGUCAGUCUCUAGAGACUGGGGCUUGAGCCAAUCCAACAGUUAUUGCUGAAUCACCUCAUACAGUAGGACAGGUAUCAUCAACUAGAUUCAGCCGCUGGCUGAUUUUUUUAUUUUCUUCUUGAGCGGAUGGUCAGGGGGCCGGAAAGUAAUUGCAAAUAAUUUGUAGAUUUUCUGCUCAGAAAACUAGAGGGGGGGGGGGGGGGGCAAAUAAAAUCAGACUGGAGAGUAGGGGCUCCAUUCAAUCUGUAUCAUUCAAAUUCAAAUUUAAAGACAAAGUUCCCAUGUUAGCUGACAUGGCAUUCACGGUAAAAGCUGCAGAUGUCGGAACAAUCAGAAACGUUUACAUUUUUAUUGUGCAACUAACGCUUCAGCACUACAGAUUGAAUAGAGCCCUAGGUGUUCUCUGGGUCUAAUAGAUACAUACUUUCAAAUAGUUGAGCUGCACUUGAUUUGACAUGCCCAGUACAAUGGAACCAAUGAAAAGUGCAAAGCACAUCAAUAACAGUAUUUGACCUAGGUCUGGUGCUAUGAUGGUUUUGGUCACGUACAAAAUGUUGAUGAGAGCCUGAUGGAAGAUGUUGGAGCAAUAUUUAAUGAUCUGUCCUUUGUAUUCCUCAAACUGAACAUUUUUGUAACACAAACUGCUGUAACAUAUGAUGUUUUGAAAUUACUUGUGACCACUGAGAAACAAGAAACUUACUAAAUAAGCUAAAACCUAUUCAAACAAUGUUACCAAUAAACCUUGACUGUUGAACUAA